AUUGAAUUUGAAAGUAAAAAAGAGAGGAAUAACGAUUUUGUAGGAGAAAAAGGUAGCAAACAAGCGCACAAGGAAAAUAUUCCCCAAAAUUCGAAAUGGCGAAAGAGAUCGAAUCUCUUACAGAAGACGAAAGACGCGCACUUCGUGGAAGCAAAUUCGCUCCUCUUCCCACCCUUUCCAACUCCAACAAGUCCAAACCCAGGUUGGCUCAUCCUGGUGGACCCGUUGCUACGAAUAAAGCAGCGGCUUUAGCAAAGUUUUUGGAGAGGAAGUUGAAGAAUCCUGAUGGAUUGGCAUCUAUUAACCCUCGUCUUCUUCAACUUGCGGUUGACAAUGCUAAGCAAACUGUCUAUGCAAGUACUACUUCUAAUUCAGAAAGACAUGUUCGGCAUGUAGACUCCUUUGGUGACUCAGAUGCUAGUGAUGAGGAACAGAAUAAUCUCCCUGAGGUAAAGGAAUGCAAGAAGAAGAGAAAGAAGAAGAAACAAAAGAAGAAAAAUAAAAAGCGAAAGGAAGUUGAAGACCUUGGAUGAGCUGUGUUGAAAAAGCCUUAACAGAAGUUUAAAUCUUGAAUUUGUUUAAACCGGCAUGCUUAUUGAAUUGAGGAUUGGACCAAAUAAUUUGUGUACCAUGGUUUGUUUCCUCACAUGAAUUUGCUCAUUGCAAGUAAAAUGAAGUCACAGAUGAAAAAAAUAUUGUUGGAGCUUUUGCUACACUUUGUGUUUUCUAUAGGAAUAUGAACUUGUUUUUUAAUUUAAUUUUUUUCUUUUUCUUUUAGGGUGUGAUAUUCAUAGGAAUUAGGAUGACAAAGAUGCAGUUAGAAUGUUGUCAUAUAAAUAGUUUUUUUGUUGUUGAGGCAAAUCAUAUAAAUUGUUAUUUAUUCAAAUGGUCAAAUAUGAAUUUAAGAAAUCAA